AUGCUUGUGGAGUUGACCCCCGAAAAGGAGGCGUCCCGUGUGGAGGCACGCGAGGCGGUCCUGGCGGCGAAAACGAUGUUGGCUGCUGUUUCAGGGGCUUCACUCCUUUCACGUGAGGCGUUUAUCAACAUCUGUGUGGAAGCAUCACUGGCUUUUCUGCGUGAAAAGAGGCGGCAGAAGAGCAACGGCGACCAUGACAACCGGCUGAAGCCAAAUGCUUCCCUUUCCCCACACAGCGAUGUGAAGAGGAGCAGCGGAAAGAAAUCCUACCACCAUCACCGCAGGGGAGGCAGCAGUGACGACAAGCGGAAUCACGCGACAAAAAUGAAGCGGCGACAUGACGCAUCAGUGAUUUACCGCAAGUAUGAGCAGGACGAAAGGGGAGAAGAGCAAAAAAAAGAAAACCAACAGUUAUCGCAGUUUAGCGAGGAGGAGUUGGGGCGUCUGCGGGAGUUAGUGGAACGAGAGUACGGCGCGUCACGUCAUGAGGAUGCGGUGGGAACAGGCGUUGUGGUCCCCGCACAAUUCACCGCCCUACCGCCCGCCAAGCUGGAGGCGGCUACAAUUAUCCGACAGGUGUUGGAAGAUCCCUACCGCCGUGGGGCCAUCUCCCGUCAGCAGUAUGCCGUUAUCGUACUCGCGGUGAUGGAGAAGUUGUUUCCCGAUCUUGUCACGGUAACGAAUGACGCAAUGGUGUCUUACCACAAAAGCCACAGCAGGAACCGUAGCAGCAGUGGCAGUAGUGUUGCCCAUGAUCGAACUGUUGAGGAGAAUGACGUUCAAAAUGGGGAGGAAAUUUUUAUGGAGGAGGAGGAAAUGUUUAUUUUGGAUCCUCCGCAGGAGCUGCAUGCCGCAUUGCGCCCUGAUGUGGCGGAGCUCACAAGGCAACUGACAGAGCGGGCCCUGCAACAUUAUCUCCAGCCUGACAACAACGCCCAUGAAAGACAAUUGGUGGGGGGCGAAGGCUGUCGUGGGGGAUGCGUCAUCAAUGACGUCAGUCCGCUUCCCCGCAACCCGUACGGCGCCAACAAGCCGCAGGAUUUCUACCAAGACAGCGCGUCCACGUCCAUGUCAUUUUCGGUACAGUUUGACGAUGCAUUUGAAGAACAGGUGGAAAAAUUGUGUCAGUUGCUUGAAAAGAAGUACGCACUCGACCUCUCCAGUGCACGUGCCGCCAAUAUUCAUCAGAGGGUCAGUGAAUCUCGCGAUCACGCCUCAAAGGAGGCGAACAAUAAGACAGGCAAGACUGAUUGCAUGUUUACAGUGAAUGCUGGGAGUCCGUCUUCCUGCAACGGUGAUUGCACCGGGGAAGCUUCUGCUGCUGCUGUUGCUGCGGCAAGGGAAAGGCGAGAAGAGCUCCUCACGGCGGCGCUGCACUAUCAGGAGGAGCUGUACCAGACCCAAACCCGCCUUAGAGGAAUCAUGCAAGAACUCUAUGAGACAGAGCACUCAAAAAAUGACUCCAUUGUUUGA